ACGACGUGCGCUCACUUCAGUGCGUCGCGAGCCGUCGGUUGGGUCGUGUCGCUCCGCAGCUUCUCCGAGAGCCGUCUCUCCCUAUAGUUGUUCUCCGCUGCCCGAUUUCCUGCGCGAAGUUUGGGAAUGUGUCCCGCACGACUUCGUUGAAUGUUAGUGAGUCGUUCGCACGAGCAAGAGCAACAGAGGGGUCUGAGAGUCGGUUGUAGAGCCAGAGGCCGACAAUAUGAGGAACUCGACGUUACUGAAAUGGGCGCAGAAUUCGGCGAAUAAUAAAAAUCAGCCGAGUAAAAACGGAGGAACGAGUAGGAACUGGAUACACCCACCGGACGCGCUCCAAAAAGGACAUAUCGCCUACCUAGUCAAGUAUUUGGGCAGCACAGAGGUGGACCAACCCAAAGGCAUCGAGGUCGUUAAGGAGGCGAUCUGCAAACUAAAAUUCAAUCAACAGCUCAAGAAGAGCGAAGGCACAAAAACUCCGAAGGUCGAGCUCACCAUAAGCAUCGAUGGCGUGGCGAUACAGGAACCAAAAACGAAAACGUCGCCCAAGGUCUUCUUGCAGCGAAUUAUGCAUCAGUAUCCGUUACACAGAAUCUCUUACUGCGCCGACGAUAAAGGAGAGAAGAAAUUCUUCAGUUUCAUCGCGAAGGAAGAGGACGCGGAGAGGCACACGUGCUUCGUUUUCGUCAGCGACAAACUAGCCGAGGAGAUCACGCUGACUAUCGGCCAGGCCUUCGAUCUGGCCUACAGGAGGUUCCUGGAAACGUCCGGCAAGGAUCUGGAGACGCAACGACGUUGUAUGGUGCUGCAGCAGAAGAUAAAGCGGCUCGAGCACGAGAACAACGUUUAUCGGCAACGAUUGCAGGAUGUCGCGGCUAUUAAAGGCUCGGCGGAUGUGUCAGUAUACCUGUCACAGCAUAAUAUACCGGAUAUUCUUCAUGUACCUGGAGCUCCUACGGAUUCACCGCAAGUCAAUGGUUCGACUAGCAAGCCAUUGCUAAAUAUGAGCGACAGCAACGGAAAUACGUCUAAUGGACCUCAACAACCGCCGCCAGUUCCGCCGAGAAGUUUCGAGAAGAGUUUCGACGACGAUUUCAUGGGAAAUGAGCCAGCGCCAAUGCCGUCGGUUGGCACCAAAUUGGAAGGGCUGCUAAUGGACGAAUUUGAGGAAGAUUUUAAUCCAAGAGCUUUCGAGACCGCAGCCAAUGGUCUUGCCAAUCAUCAGUCAAAUAACAAUCCGCUCCUUAACGGUCAGAUAUCUUCGGGAUCGAACUUCUUCUCGCAAUCUAACGGCACAACCAGUCCCCCGCCUCUGCUGGCACCACCACCAAAGACAAAAGACUCGAGACGUCAAAACGGAAUCAAGGAAGAUUUGUUUGGUAGCAUUCCUUUCAAUCCUACGCCAACUUUAAAUAUGAAGAAUGACUUUAAGGAUCCUUUUGAAAUGGGAGAAUUCGGAGCUUCGACUAUGACAUCUAAUCCUAGCCAGCAAGAACUGGAAAAUGCUAUUGGUCUACUGGAUAAAAAACUGCUGGAGAUGAAGGAUGGUUUUAGUAGAGGGCUGUGCAUUGGAACUGAUGACUUUUCUUUGGAGAGCUUGGACCCGCUGCGAAAUUAGGCUCGCCAAUUGGAUCGGAAGCUAUAAGCGUUCGAACGAAAACUUUAUUAGUGCUCUUAGGAUGCAGAGUACGAAAUACUAAUUAACGGAUAAAACAAUUAGGAAUUAUGUCCGUGGUAAAACCAAAAUUAGUCAAUUAUUACUAUUACCCUACUCGUAUAUUUAUGAUCAUGUUCGAUAUUUAUGAUACACAUAUGUGAAAUAAUUUUGUAAGAGUGUAUCUUUCUCGCUGGUAAUCUACGCUAUUCUAUCUGCCGCUUUAGAACUGGGGUCCAAUCCAAACGCACCGAAAAUGCGUUAUCGUUGUUAAUGUUGAGUCAGUGAGACGAGAUCUCAAGUCGACUAUUAGAGUGGAAUGAGAUAUUAUUCUAAUCGAGACAACAUAAUUGUUUAGACGAGAAUUUGUUAUAUAUAUAUACGCACACUUAAAAAGAUCUUACCGCGAAUCUCAUAUCGACGAUGGUAUGCUUGCGUCUUUCAUAUUUUUUAACGAGAUAUUAAAAAAGAACUAAUGAAUGUUAUAAUGCUGUAGUUACAUCGAAUCAUUGGUGACGACCGAUUAAUCUCUUAUAUUCUAAAGCUACAAUUGAGAGAAGUUGAUAAUAUAUUAUAUGUAAAACGUAUGUCAUAUGUAAAACGUAUAAUAUAUUAUGUCGGUCUAGUUUGAUUAAAAAUCGUCACAUCGUUCAAUCGUCUGUUCGAAAGUGAGCUAGUAGAUGAAAAAAAGACAAAAAAAAACGAAGCACUAACCGUGAUAGCAUUUAGAAGUCACACUAAUAAUACGAACGCAUAGCUUUUAUGGUCUGUCGAUUGAACUCGUACACUCAGCAUAUCCUCUUUCUUUGGUCUGCCGUACAUACCUUCGCCUUUCUUUUAACGCGUGAACGUAAGCGGAAGGAAAAAAAGUUUAAUUCUAGAAAAGCAUGAGAAAAGUUCUGGCUAUAUAGUUUACUGUAAUCUCUACGAUCCGACCAAGCGUAAGGCGUUAAACGAGUUUACGUUUAUCGCUACAUAAAGAGGAUUAGUAAUUAUGUACAUAUGAAAUAUUAUUUGUUGCUAUAUUGUUUAAGGAUUAUAGUUAAGAAUAUAGCAUAUGAUUAUUACAAUUGAAAUAUUGAAUAUCAAAUGCGUCUUCCUUAUACUAUGUAUAUUAAAUCUCGAAAUAAUCUGAA